CUGAAAGGCGAUUUCGAGUUUCAAUUUUCUUCUUUAAUCACAUUUUUGAAUUUUAAAUUGAUAUUGAGAGUCGUGUGCACUGAUGCACAUGCAAAAAAUAAAUUUAAAAAAAAAAAAGAAAAAGAAAAAAUUUAUAAUAACAGCGCACACACAACAGAAUACUAAUAGAGCGUCAGCAAACCAUCAACCGGCACUCAACUGUACGGGAUCUUCUCUCUCAGGGUUUCACACUUGUAGAAUUCAAUACCUGGUAACCCCAUUUUGCAACCGUUGCCGGCUCCAAUACGCCGUCGUUUGGAGUUGCGAUUGUUCAGCAGAUGGGGUUUUUUAGGAAGAUGGCGGGGAUGCUAGGGUUUACGAAGGACGACGGCCACGAAGUCAAAGACAACGGGGAAGAGGACGAAGACGAUAACCAGGCCCAGAACCGAGCCAAUUUCCAAGAAACUGGGCUUCCCCGUAAAGGCUUCAGCGUUCCGGUUCAAGUCGCCGUUGACCGGAAUCUGCCCGGCCCCGUUCUCGUUCCUUGUCGUUCCGGCGACGGUGGUGUCCAGGGUCUAAGAUGGCGUGCAAAGCGACUCAGGAUAGAUGAGGAUGGAGAUGUAGCAGACGAGUUUCUUGAUGAGGUUUUUCCACAGAUGUCAGUUAGUACAGAAAAUAAUAAGGCAUUGGCAAGGUUUGAAGUGAAAUACAGUACCAAGCCAGCUAAAGUGAGGACUCAGGUCUUAUCGCCGGACGGGAAAAUCCAACAGCGUGUGGAAUACCGGGGUAGAUCACAGUGGAUAUGAAGACACCUAGAAGAAUUUAGGUUUACGUCUUUGGGUUUUUGAUAUCCUUUUUGUGGUCAAUUUAACUUUUUGAGUGUCAUCCGAUUUCUCUUGUGCGAAUCAGAACUGUGGAACACUAGAUCCCAUUGUAUUAAUACUUAAGGUCUAGGGGUUGUCUAAAUAUCUGUUCCUUCAAGGAUUUGAACUGUGCUUGUGGAUUUACAGCUAGGAGUCGAAUUUAAACAGUUUCAUAUAAUUCAGUAAUAUACACAGUAGUGGAAACACUAAUUCUAUGUU